AGAGAGAGUCGCGCUAGGAGAGAAGAGGCGGCGGAGGCGCUACGGUCACUUUCUCACAGGCUCCGGUCGAGCCUGUGUGGUCUCUCCCCGCGCUGUUGCUAAGGAAAUGGAUGGCUUGAAUGGAUCGGUGGUCCGGACUGAGCCGUCCUCCUCGCCCCCUCACCUCAGCAGCCUGCCGUGUUUCAGUGCGUGUUUACGGGAAUUACUGCUAAAAACGUGACGCGUCCGCUCCAGCUCUGCACCAGCCGGGUCCAGUGGAGCUGUGGCUGGAGAAGAGAGGUUAAGAAAGGCAGAGGGGUCGACGAGCCUGGCUGGCGCCGGGUGGAUGCUGCCUGAAGACGAGAACGGCUGAGGCGGCAGCACUGACUCAGAAGAGGAGCAUGGCAUCCACUGGCAUGCAGAUAUUUGGAUUUGUCCUGGCACUGCUGGGCAUUAUGGGGGCCACUGUGGCUACCCUGCUGCCCAACUGGAAGGUCAGCGCGGAUGUGGGCUCCAACAUCAUCACGGCCAUCUCCCAGAUGCAGGGGCUGUGGAUGGACUGCACCUGGUACAGCACCGGCAUGUUCAGCUGCACGCUCAAGUACUCGGUGCUCUCCCUUCCUGCGUACUUGCAGACUGCACGCACCACCAUGGUGCUCUGCUGCGUGCUGGCCGCCAUGGGCCUCUGCCUUGCCUCUCUGGGGCUGAAAUGCACACGCUGGGGAGGCGGACGCCGUUCCAAGCGACACGCCGCCAUCGCCAGCGGCGGCUGCUUCGUCACUGCUGGCUUUCUCUGUCUGGUGCCCGCUUCUUGGUUUACCAAGGAGGUCAUCACAAACUUCUUGGACUCCAGCGUGCCCGAGAGCAAUAAGUUUGAGCCCGGGGGUGCCGUGUACGUGGCCUUUGUUUCAGCAGGCUUCCUUUUUGUCGGAGGGUCCAUAUUCUGCAUGUCCUGCCCGGGGAAGAGACACGGCCCUCAGGACCUGGUUCUGCUUCCUCCGCCGGACAAACUGCUGCUCCAGCAGCAGCAGCAACAGCUGCUCCAGCAGCAGCAGGAGCUCCAGCACCAGUACUGCUCUCUCUCCCCUUUAGACAACAAGACUGGCUACAGCCUGCAGGACUAUGUGUAAUAAAGCAGCAGCUAUAGGGAGGCAAGCCUGAGGGAGAAAACCGUCACAGUUAAAUCCGUACGUCGGGCCGUACUGAAAGCUGCGAGAGGAGGGAAACAACUUUGAAUUCAUUUUUGUCUCCUUUUUGUCUGUUUUGCAAGCACAAGCGGUGGAGGUAUUCCCUGAGCAGCGCCUUCGUAGGAAACAGCGCAAAUGUGAAAGGAGGCAGGAUCCAUGCUGCAGAAUGGAAGGAAGCUCCCAACAAAAUGCAGAUUGUUCAUCAGUAAAUCACAGAAAGCGCUCCCGGGAUACGGAUUACGCAAAUAAGAAAGUCGUCUGUGUAGAUUUUCGCCCCCCCCCUCCUCACCAAAGCUUUAAAUAGAAAUAAGCAAUCAUUUAGCUGCUAUUUACAAUCAUUCAUAAUGAUCUACCCUCCCCCCCACCCGCUUUAUUUGACUAAAUAGGCAAUAUAAACACCAGAGAGCCAAAAGUAAAACCCCUUCCAUAGCAAGCCAUUUUAUUUUAUUUUUUUAGUAUACAUAUCUCCUAGAAUGCAACCUUGAAUUGAUGGAAAUUAAAAAAGGUAAUAUUUUUGUUAGUUACUAGAAGGAUGUUGAUAUUUUUUGCCUCUAAAGCAUGCCGUGUGGAGCCUGUUUGCGUAUUAAAACGUUGGAAUGCCUGGUAGAGCGACUGAACCACACAAUGCCUGUGCCUGAAAACAAAGCUGUAGAAACAUUAACCCUGCUGGAAGUGUUCAAAGAGGACUGUCAGGAGCAGAGGAUGUGGGGCUGCUGGCUGCGUCCAACAAAGACGGGACGGACAGACAGAUGGCCGCACAUCACUCUGCAGGUGGAGAUACGGCAGAAAGGGAGAGAAAUUUUGCAGGAAAAACGUCUAAUCGCUUCAGAUGAAUGGACGUUUUCAUGUUUCCCGACCAGACACAAUCGACCUGUGCAGCCCGUCUUUUGCAACAAUCCAUUGUAGACGUUUACACCCACACCACAUGCAUGAUUUUUGUGCGCUUUUUUUGUGUGCAUCGUAAACAUUCAGAGGCUUUUCACAUGUGCUUUUCACUCGUCAACCGCCUCUUCACUGCCAUGGAGACAGGUUUCCCGUUUAAACAUCUUUAUUAUCUGUCAGUCACAGAAGUUCUUUUAGACAGGGGCAUCCUUUCAUGCAGUCAAAUCCUCCUGCUUUCAGUUUCUUCAGAUGAAUCUCUGUGCAGAAGCUUUCAGAAGACUUUCUUCCUUGUGACAUUUUUUUUUUUUUUUACCAUUCCCUCAUCAUAUCAGCAUUUAAUGGUCCAGCAUCGCAGGAAAACGCUUGAAGAUAACGAGAGGCUCCUUGAGUCAAGUGGAUAGCCAUGUGGCAGACGACUAAAAAAGCUUUGAGUCAUUCUCCAUAUGUGACUUGUUUUCCAAGUGCGUCAGCAGCGAGGCGCAUAUGUUACCAGUCUUCACCUGCAGAAGCUCUCGGUCUUAAAUUGCGUCCACUUCACUGUCCCACUAGUCCCACUGUUCCUCGCACUCCUACCAGUCGCUCCUGUUUUCUUUUUCUUUUUUUCUUUUCCUCCUUUCCAACUCAUUCACCCUGGCCUGUUUGUGUCAGCCGUCACAUGGAUGUGAUCCCUGACGAGAGAACGCUGAUGCAUGCUGAAAGCGUGUCCUCCUCAAACGCACAUCCACACCAGGCACACACGCUUCUCCCACCAAAUUGCCACCCACACGUACCUACUCAUGUGUCAUUUGCAGGGCUACGCUUUCGUGGUUACAUUUCAGGGCGAGUCUACACUUUGACUCUGAGCACAGGAAUAUUGUGUUUUGUGCAUGGUGCAGGCAGGGAUGUAUAGAACUGCACAUUCUCUCCUUUUCUCUCAUAAGCAUGCAGCUUCCUGGGGAAGUGCAGAUGGCUGAGCGCAGCCUGCCACCUGCAGGCGGCUGCCAGCACACCACGGGCUCCUCAGCGGGCGCCGCUGGCAACCUCGGCAGCCCUGCAGGGCUCGAACUGGCACGUGUCAGAGCUGGCCACCUGACAGUAACACACUGCCCAGGCACCACUACUGAUAAAUGCAAUAAAACUAGUAAAGAAUGUGCCAUGUCAUCAGCUAAUACUGACACAUUAUGUGUUUGAGAAUGUGCCAAAUUGUCUCAUGAUGACAAAUUUUAAUAUCUGGAAUUUUUCUGUUUAUUUUUCUAUGAAUUUUACAUUUUAAAAUGUUUUAUGGAUUUGAGAUUUGUUCUGCCAGACUAGAUGCUUGUGUACAGUCCUUUGCAGCUUUCGAGGGUUAUUUUAUUCCUCGUUCCCCUCAAAGCACAGCAAGACUCCACGGUGUCUUGUAAAAGUAUUCCUACCCCUUUAACUGCAACCACAAAUUUCUAAGUAUUUUACUGGGCUUUUAUGUAAUAAGAGUAAAUAGAAUCAUUAUGAGUGAUGAUUCCUAAGGAUUAUCAUUCCUAAUGGCGAUCAUUAGGAAUGAUAAUCAUCAUGAUCAUUUUUCCUAAUGAUCAUGUUGUGCUUCUGCACAACAUGCAGAUGUUGUGUGAGGUUUAUCUUUAUGUGAGACCAAGGAACUCACGUAGGUAUAACGGAGCACUUUUGACAACCUAAGCUUUGAAUGUCUCAGAGUAACAUUCAGUCCAUUAUCUCAAAAUGGAAAAAUAUGGAACGACUGUGACUGCAGUCUGCCAAGAAAUGGUGCACCAGUCUAGCUGGCUGGGUAAGGAAAGCAGCGCUGCAAAGUCCUGAGUCAAAACCACGUGCAAUUUCACAACUGCAUAGAGCUGCUGCUGCAAUAUUUUGGAGUUUUGGAAUAAUGUAAUUGAUAUUGUCAAUCGUAAUAUUCAACAAUAGUAGCACCCUUGCAUCGUUUCCUGUUUUCCUGUUAGCAUUAAUCAGAAAAGCAGCCAAGAGGCCCAUCCAUUCCAUUGAGAGUAAUCUACAGACGCCUGAAGAAAGCCAUUAGAAAUUCUGUUUGCAGUGUGUUUAAACUGUUUUUAUAUGUAGAACAUGUUUCAAACCCAUGCACCCUUCCUAAUCAUGUUCCACUUUGUUUAGCACAAGAUUCAAUGCAUGGAGGUUUCUGGUGAAAUGUAAGACAAAGAAAAGAUAAGAUGCUCAUAGGGCAUGAAUACUUUCUCAAGGCACUCCAAGUGUGGGGCUUUAAAAAUGUAUUUAUAUCAGGAAAUAUGAUUCCGUGUUGGUCUGUGACGACUGUACACAAGUGUCUGUGACUUUAACGGUGUUUUGUUUGUUUAUUAGGAGGAUUUGUCAUCCUUCAGAUUGUUUCAGUCGAAGAUAAAAUACCACGUUCAUGCCAUAUCUUCUUUAUAAGAAGACUACUCAGUGCACUUUUUAUUUGUGUUUCUAUUCGACAGCAGUUUGGUUCAAAUGAAUGAGCAUUCCAGGCUCUCUGGACCAGUAUCAAUACAUAACACAAGUGGGCACUCUGGACAAAAAAAAAAAAAAAAAGAGAGCAAUUUCUGACUGAUGGGAUUCAGCAGGGAAAUACCAGUUAGAGAUAUUUUUAGUGGCUGUGCAGCUUAAUCAUCAGCACGCAAUUUUAUUUGCUUAUAAAUGGCCAGAGUGCAAUGUGACUAGGUCCUUAAAGUCUACAGAGUUACAACUCUCUGCUUAUACUGUACCGAGAUGUUGGAUUUAUUACUUUGAUAACUGCAGCUUAUUUUUGUGAAUGCUUUAGCACUUCUUACUUUGCCAGAGCCUAUUUGUGAUGAGCAGUUCACAAGUUCUGAUACAGUUGUCUCAAUGUGCUUGUGCAAGUAGUUCUAUUUUUUACCAAUAAAACUAUUUUGUGAAAGCAUA